CCCAGAUCGCUGCCCCUGAGCACAGAGGCUCCAAGCACGCUGCAGAGCAGAAGCCAGAGCCGCUGUGCCUUCCAAAGACCAGAGCUGCAACAACUAGUCCUGUGCAAGUAACAACCUGGGCCCCUGCAUUAUCUGUCAGCGAAGGAAGAACCUCCUGAGAUGGCGACCAAUCAUGACCCCACUGUAAUCCCAAUGAUAGAAAGGCAUCGAUGUGACCUUCCUGAAACAAACACCAGUGACCCGGAGACACUGACUGAAGAGGCUGUGCUGAGUUUUCACAACAUCAGCUACCGAGAAACAGUGCAGAGUGGCUUUCCACUUCGGAAAAAGACACAAGUGAUAGAAAGACUAUCGAACAUCAAUGGGAUCAUGAAACCUGGUCUCAAUGCCAUUAUGGGACCUCAAGAUGGGUGCAGAUCUUUGUUAUUAGAUGUCUUAGCUGCAAGGAGAGAUCCAUGUGGAUUAUCAGGAGAUAUUUUGGUAAAUGGCAAACCUCGACCUGCUAAUUUCAAAUGUACAUCUGGUUAUGUCCCACAGAAUGAUGUGGUGUUGGGCACAGUGACCGUGAGAGACAAUUUAGAGUUCUCAGCAGCUCUUCGUCUCCCAUUGACUAUAACAAGAGAUGAAAAAAGAAGACGGAUUGAUGAGGUGCUGGAGCUUCUGCAUCUGGAUAAAGAUCAAAAUACCAAGCCUAGAUGUAAAGAAGUCAGGAAAAGGACCAGUAUAGCAAUGGAGCUGAUCGCCGAGCAUCCCAUUGUGUUCUUGGAUGAUCCCACCACUGGCUUAGACUUGGGAACUACGACUGAUAUCAUCUUAGUCCUGAGAGGGUUGUCGAAGAAGGGACGGACAAUCAUCUUCUCCAUCAAUCAGCCUCAGUACUCCAUCUUCAGAUUUUUUGAUAGCCUCACCUUAGUAGCUUCAGGAAAAGUUAUGCUUCAUGGACCUGCACAGGAUGCUUUAGAGUACUUCACAUCUGCAGGUUACAAAUAUGAGUCCCACGACAACCCUGCAGACUUCUUCCUGGACAUCAUUAAUGGGGGUUUCUCUGACAUAGAGGAAGAAUGCCAAGAAGCUGAUGAACAUAAAGGGCUUUUUGGGAGAAGGUAUCAAGUCAUAGAAAAAUUGGCCAAUAUGUAUGCCCAGUCCCGGUUACACAGUGACACAAGAACCCAACUGGAUCAACUCUUGGGGGAACAGAACCUGGAGAGGAGCUCAACUGUGGUGACCACAUAUGUCACCCCCUUCUGGCAUCAGCUCAGGUGGAUUACCUGGCGAUCAUUCAGAAAUUUCACCGGUUUUCCAUGGGUCACUGUGAUUCAGGCAAUUAUUGCAGUCAUACUGGCAGUGCUUAUGAGUAUCACUUUCCGUCUCCCACAAAAUGUUUGUACUGAAGUCAAGACGAGAGCCGGGCUGCUCUUCUUUCUCACAGGCUUUGAGUGUAUCUUAAGUAUCUCUGCAGGGGAACUCUUCAUGAUGGACAGGAAUCAAUUUCUACAUGAGCAUAGCAGUGGAUACUACAGAGCAUCAUCCUAUUUCUUCGGAAAAUUGCUGGCUGAUCUAAUACCCAGGAGGUUGUUGCCAAGUAUUACAUUUACACUUAUAACAUAUGUCAUAGCCGGAAUGAAAACAGGUGUGAAGGGUUUCUUCAUGAUGUUAUUUACUGUCCUGAUGUUGGCUUCUUCUGCCAGUUCCCUGUCCCUGUCUUUAGGAGCUGGAGGGAAUACAGCUGCUGUACCAACAACAAUGAUAACCAUCUACCUUAUGUUCAUGCUGUUUUUUUCAGGUCUAUCACUAUUUUCCAUAACCUUCAUGACUAAGCUCUCAUGGGUUCUGUAUGUUAGCAUUCCUCAUUAUGGAUUUAAGGCUUUGCAGCACAAUGAAUUCUUGGGACAAAACUUCUGUCCAGAACACAACACAGUAGAAAUCAGUAGAUGUCAGAACUAUGUAAUAUGUACUGGUGAAGAGUUCUUGCAAAACCAGGACAUUGAUCCCUCAUCCUGGGGCUUCUGGGAGAAUCACCUGGCCUUAGGUUGUAUAAUGAUUAUCUUGUUAAUGAUUGCUUAUGUAAAAUUGCUACCUCUUAAGAAAAGGAUAUAUUCUUAAAUUACCAUUUUUAAAUUUUCUAUAUUUAAAUUUCCGUUGUAUUUCAAUUAUCCUGACAUUGAAAAGAAACUUUUCUUUGUACUGUAAAUCAAACAAAUAAACCUGCAGCUGACAAGGUUUUAGGUACUAUGGUGGGCAUUUUUUACAGUUGUUUAAAAAGAUGUAAUUUCAAACUAUCUUCUGACUGUUUAUAACUGUAUUCGUGAACAAAUGCUAUAGCCAACAUUAGCCAGAGAGGUGAAAUGGGGUGAACAGAGAGACUAUGGCUGCUCCCAGUACAAAGCUAAGGGACACUUGAGUGCUUAACCACAAACAGGCCACCUGUAGCAUGCCCUCUACAGCUCAGAGCUUUGUGGACUAGGAGUAGAAAGAGUACAGAAGCCACAAGAUGAUAAGAAAGAAUGGAAAUGCAAUAUUGUCAUGUACAGCCAUGGCAACCUUGGUCUGUGUUCUAACUCUACAGCUACCUACACAAGAGUAGGUAUCUGUAGAGGUAUCUUGAUCCCUUACCGGCACAGGAAGGAACACGGGGGAACUCAAUGGGCCCAUCCCCCAUUCUGUUGAAAUAUUGAUCAAGGGAGAGAGGUAGUCAUUGGUUCACAUGUAUCCUUACAUUUAAGCCUACCAGACUCCAGUGGAAAAUGUGAAACCCCGAAUUCCAAAGAUAGCCCUGUUGAAACUCUGUGUGUCACAAGACAAAUCCAAAGAUGUGAAGGUGAGAAAGAGACUUGUAAAGAGGAGACUGUGAAGGGAGUGUAAGGGAGAUGAGACAGGUGGGAUGGAGGGGGAAUGGCUGAAAUGCAUUAUGUACAUGUAUGGAAUUGUCCAUGUUUUAAAAAUAAAGAUAAAAUUACAAAUAUAAAAAAAGAAAUUUUGGGGUUAAGUAUUUGAUGAAGAUUUUUUUCUAUUAGGUUUCUGUUAUACUUAAAUCAACAAGGAAUAACUUUUUAAAUUUUUUAUUGGAUAUUUUUAUUUAUAUUUCAAAUGUUAUCCCCUUUCCUGAUUCUGCCCCCAGAAGCCCCCAUCCCAUCCCCCUCCUCCUGCUUCUAUGAGGGUGUGUCCCCUCCCACUCACUCACUCCCACCUCCCUGCCCUUACAAUCCCCUACACUGGGGCAUCGAACAUUCACAAAGACCAAAGGCCUCUUCUCCUAUUGAUACCCAACAAGGCCAUCCUCUGCUAUAUAUGCAGCUGGAGUGAUGGGUCCCUCCAACAACAGAAACCAAUGUUACUUCACAUCAUCAGAACCCAGUUCUCUCACCACAGCAAGCCUUGGAUACCCCAACACAUCUGAGAGGCAAGAUUGAGACUUUGCCACAAUGGUUACAUACAUAAGGUUUCUCUCCUAUGUGUAUUCCUUUAUGACUUUGAAGAGUAAUGAUCCGUGCAAGGGCUUUACCAUAUUGGCUACAUUCAUAGGACUUCUCUCCAGUAAUAAUCUUUUAUGACUUUGAAGAUCACUGAGACAGGCAAAGGCUUCAUCAUGUGGGCUACAUUCAUAUGGCUUUUUUCCAUUGUGAACUCUUUCAUCCCUUUGACAAUGCCUGUGAUAUUCAAAAUCUUUAUCAAUUUGCAUAUAUUCACAGAAGUUCUCUACAGUUAGAAUUCUUUCAUGCCUGUGUAUGUAAUUGGCACUUGUGAAAGAUUUGCCGCAUGCAUUAUGCUAAUAAAUUUAUUUAUAUAUAUGAAUUACUUUUGCAGUGUUUUCUAAAUGUAAAGAGAAAUCAGAUAAAAUAAAAUUUUAUCAUUUUGUUUAUA